AUGUGCGGGGAUGUGCGGGGCAGAUCCCGCUCCCGGCUGGAGCCCCGGCGAUGCCGGAGCGCGAUGGAGCGGGGCGGGGAGGGAGCUGUGCCCGAGGGAGGGUCUCACCCUUCCCCGCCCGUCCUCCCGGAGCCGGGGCACCCUUGCGGUUCACGGCUCGGCUGGGCUGGGCUUGGGGACAGGGGAAUGUCUCCUUGUGCCACCGGGUUUGGGGUGGCACGGGGGCCGCCCCACUGCGGGCACUGCUUGAGCCCCCUGGGCUGCCGUGCCUCAGUUUCCCCAUCACGGCCGCCCUCCCCAGGGUCACUGCUGGGGGGUGCAGAGGGGUUGGCUUUGCUCCCCAGAUCUGUGCUGGCCGCCCCCUGAGCUGCUUCCAGCGCUCUUGAGGCUGCCCCAAAUCCCUCCUGGUCCCUUCAGAGCCGUGGCCGGGCAGGACAAGGACGGACAGCCCCUUCCCAAAGAGCCUCGGGCUGCUCUCUGCUGCUCCCCACCCAAAUUCCAGUCAAAUCUGCCUCCGUCCCCGCGCUUUGCAUGGCAGGAGCACGGGCAGCCUUUGCCUCAACCAAAACAACCCCAAAAGCUCCCUGAGCCCUUGGCUGCUCCUCUGCGGGCUUGGAAACCUCCCCCAGAGCCUGUCGCCACCCUGGGGGAGCCUUUGGGGUGCAGCUGAGGGGUCAGGGCAGGACAAGGCACCAAAAUCCCCCUUCCCAGCCCAACGGAGCCCUCGGAGAGCGCGAUGGACGAGUGGGAUCUCCCACAAUGGAAAAAAGAGGUGGAAAGCCUCAAGUACCAGCUGGCCUACAAGAGAGAGAUGUCCUCCAAGACCAUACCUGAGUUCGUGAAGUGGAUCGAGGACGGGAUUCCCGAGGAUCCCUUCCUGAACCCGGAGCUGAUGAAGAACAACCCCUGGGUGGAGAAAGGCAAAUGCAUCAUCCUCUGAGGCUCCCUCCCUCCUCAGGCCGGGCUUGGCAUCCCCGAGCUCCAGUUCCAGCCCCAGACCCUGAGCCAAGCCCUGCCCUCACCUCCUCUCUUCCCUCGUAGCUGUAGAAGGGGUUUUAGAAAUGGGGGAACCCCCAGGAUGGGCAAACUCGGGGGGAGGAGCAGCAAAGGCUGCUCCAGGGCUGUGCUGCAGCUUCAUCUCACACUUCUGCCACCCAAAAAAGGCAGAUUUUGGCAACUUGUAAAGAAGCUUUUAUAAAACCCCCCAUUUGUAGUGACUUUAGAUACUUUUGUACGCUGUGAUAUUGUUUCGCAGCAAACCAGGCAGAACCUGGCACCUCCAGUUGUCUGAAAUAAACAGAGCAAUACUUCA